GAAGGGUGGAUUACGUCACCAGGGUGUGAGCUCUCGCGAGAAACGAGAGGGUUCGGUUGGGUUGCUGUGGGCAACGCGCGAUUUGAGCGGCGCUCGGACAAAUACACACAAACAGCGAGAUUAUUUUAAUUACGAUUAUAAACUUUAAAAAGAUUGUGUUCGCUUUUUUUUUAUUUUAUUUUUUUUAUUUCAGUUUUAUAACCUUAAUCCGUCUCGUCUUUAGCUGGGCUAGUUGUCCCCGAGGACUUUUCGGACAAUGACCGCGAUUAGCAGCCUGGUCCCGGCCCGCUUUCUCACGCUGACCGCUCACCUGGUCAUCGUCAUCACGAUCUUCUGGUCCCGGGACAGCAACGUGCUUGCGUGCUUGCCUCUGCAGUACACACAGGAGCAGUACCAGGCCAGGGAUACUGACGCUCUUCCAGCGGCGACGGAGAUCGUGAUUUUCAUCGCAGUGUUUGGCCUCAAAAAAAAAGCACUCUGACCUGGAGUUUAGAAUCAACACAUUGCAGUAAACUCGGCACGGCACGGAUCAGCACGGCACAGAUCAGCACCUGCUUUUCAUCUCCAUUUCCACUGCUGUGCUUUUACUGUGGGGGUGUCUGUAGGGCCCUUCCUUCUAUAUAUAUAUAUAUAUAGGUUUGACAGGAGGCAGAACUGCAGUGUACAGACAUGUACACACAAGGGUUCAAUGAUCAGAAAACACAUUUAUUAUUUCAGGACGUUUCCGACAAAAGCCAGCAGCACUAAACACGUUUACUCUCCCUUUACAUAUACAUUUAAAUGUAUAUAUUGUGUAUUAAGUUAACUUUUUAUACUAUAUAUAUAUAUAUGUAUAUAUAGCAUGUGUUUUUUCGGUUUAUAUAUAUUGCUGUAUUUUUUCAACUGAAAUUAUUAUGUUUUUUUUGUUUUGUUUUUUUUAUGGAGAAAAUAAUAAAAAUAAUAAUCUCUAUAAUUUCCCCUGCGCAUUGCUCUGGUGUGUGUUUUUAUAUACACUGGACACUAUGGGUCGCUCCUAAUAGCUGGCUGGUCCAGCAGCUGACCUCAGAAGCUGGUAGCGGUCCGCCAAUCUUAUGCAGGGUCGCUACCUGUCCCUGCUUUCCGUGGAUCGUCCCGGUUUUGAGAAAGGUGUCGCGGGGAAUUCGAUCUGCUUCCUGGGACGCUAAACGUCAGUUUCUAUAGACUUGAGCGCAAGCUCGAUAAAUCAGGAUACGACAUCUCUGCGAUAGACAAGGCGCAAUGUGAAUUGGUUAUCAAUACUGUAACUAUAGCAGUGAGAUUAUCAAUGUUUUCGAUUCUAUACACGAUUUCUAACCGAACCAGAAAACAGAAAGUACUGAUUAGAGGAGAAACCUCAAAAUGGAGCGUGGUAACCAGUGGUGUACCACAGGGAUCAGUAUUAGGUCCUCUGCUAUUCCUAAUCUACAUUAAUGAUUUAGAUUCUGGUAUAGUAAGCAAACUUGUUAAAUUUGCAGACGACACAAAAAUAGGAGGAGUGGCAAACACUGUUGCAGCAGCAAAGGUCAUUCAAAAUGAUCUAGACAGCAUUCAGAACUGGGCAGACACAUGGCAAAUGAAAUUUAAUAGAGGAAAGUGUAAAGUAUUGCACACAGGCAAUAAAAAUGUGCAUUAUAAAUAUCUUAUGGGAGAUACUGAAAUUGAAGGAAUCUAUGAAAAAGACCUAGGAGUUUAUGUUGACUCAGAAAUGUCUUCAUCUAGACAAUGUGGGGAAGCUAUAAAAUAAAAGGCCAACAAGGUGCUCGGAUUAUAAUGAAAAGUGUUGAAUUUAAAUCAAGGGAAGUAAUGUUAAAACUUUACAAUGCAUUAGUAUGGAAUAUUGUGUUCAGUUCUGGUCACCUCGUUACAAAAAGGAUAUUGCUGCUCUAGAAAGAGUGCAAAGAAGAGCAACCAGAAUUAUCCCGGGUUUAAAAGGCAUGUCAUAUGCAGACAGGCUCAAAGAAUUGAAUCUAUUCAGUCUUGAACAAAGAAGACUACGCGGUGAUCUGAUUCAAGCAUUCAAAAUCCUAAAAGGUACUGACAAUGUGACUUUUUCGACCUGAAAAAAAGAAACAAGGACCAGGGGUCACAAAUGGAGAUUAGGCACUUUUUUUACACAGAGAAUUGUGAGGGUCUGGAACCAACUCCCCAGUAAUGUUGUUGAAGCUGACACCCUGGGAUCCUUCAAGAAGCUGCUUGAUGAGAUUCUGGGAUCAAUCAGCUACUAACAACCAACCGAGCAAUAUGGGCUGAAUGGGGUCUCCUCUCGUUUGUAAACUUUCUCAUGUUCUUAUGUCCCGUCAGCCAUCAAAACGUGUCGAUGUUUCUAAUCUGCUCU